AUGAAGGGAAAAUUGAGCAGUUUGCUCGCCAUGGCCAACCAUGAUGAGAACUAUCGCAAUCCACCCGAACAGCCCGAUGCCACAAAAAAAAAACAGAAAAAGUCAGAGCUAAUAGACAAACUCGGACGAAUGUUAAAUCGAGAUGUCCGCGAAGAGAUGCCCGCAUCCGAAGACAUCGAAAUACACACCUGGCAUGGCCCUGAUGACCCAGAGAAUCCCUUCAACUCCGUCUUGACCGGUCUUCCUGCAGGAACAUAUGGCUCAGCCAACGACUGGAUUGAGAAAGAAUUCAACGUCCCGAAAUCUCCCUUCCCUAACCUUUACUGGGUGACCACAUCCUGGAAUAUGAGACCUGCCUUCUGGCCACUGAUCUUCGUGCCGCUGACUGGUCCGCAGAUUCGAGAGCGAAGUACGUUUAUGAGGGAGGCUAUGUGGGAGGAUGAGAUUGAUACAUCUAAGAAUGAGGGUCUUGGGCCUGAUUCUGAUAACACCGUGUGA